AUGCGGCUCUGCCUCAAUAUUUUCGAUCUGCUCACAUUCAGAACCAGAGGAGAAGAGUUAGCAGCAUUCAGUAUCUCCCUUGUGAAAUCAGCAAUGAGUUUUUCAAAGUACAAAGAAGUAACAACGUCGUUCGUAAUGACCAUCAUUGCCAAUAACCAAGCUCAAGUAGUCGUUAACAAUCACCAAGAGCAACCGACUGAAGCAAUGAAGUUUGAAUUCGUCAAGAACAAGUUUGUCUCUCUUCGUAACAACUUGAUGUAUCUGCUCGAGUACAUCAACCACAUGGAGUACCAUCCAGAAGAGAGAGUCGACAACUAUCACAUCAUGAAAAUCAAAGCCAACUUCUUCAUCGAUGAAAUCGACUACCAUCUCCAUCGCGAGAUCACCUACCAGAACAAGGUUUCCUUCCAGGAGUACUACGCUGCCUACUCCAAAUUCUACCAACGCAGCCGUACAGAGCUCAUGGAAGCUUUUCAUCAGCUCACUCCUGAUCGUCAAUACACUUGGUAA